GUGCAUAUAGUAGGUAUUUAAGAGACACGACAGAUGAUCGUAAAAUUAUUCUUCAUGAAACUUGACAUCGAAGACUGUUCGUGUAGCUUGUUUAACUGAGACUUAAACUGUGUACUUGUUGCAUAUUAUUUGAAAAGUGAAAAUUGAAUGCGUCUCCUUUUUGGUUGUCAUACAAUAGCAGUGGAAUAGGAUAACAACAUUUAGAGGGAAAAUCUAUACACCCGUUUUUAGCUUGAUAUACAAAAAGGCAGCUGUGGCUGAUAUACAAUAUCUUUAACAUAGAACAGCAAUAUCCAGAGGAGAUUUCCAUAAACCCACCGAUUUGGUCGAUAACAAAGAGCAUUAUAAUAUCACAACAGCAUUCAGACGUGUCCAUUGAAGCUAGGACUAUUCUUUCUUUUGAAAAGAAUUAUGGCAGGCUGUAAAUCCGUGUUUUUUCUUUUAAUGUCUUCAAUCAUUACUUAUGUUAACGGUCGAAUUAUUGGGCAAGAAAACAAAUUGUUAUCAGAUAUGAAUUCCAACGACUUAAAUGUCCCAGAUGGAGAUUUUAAAAUGGCCAGACAUAGGAUAGAUAGAGAAAAUACACCAUACUUUAGAUUGAAAAGUAUGAAGAUGUUUGCAGAUGACGACAUUCACUCAACUCAUAAAAUGACGUCACUGAAUCAUUUCGGAAGACAUGAUCUGUGUACAAAGGACAAAACACGAUUUUAUACAGCUCUGCAAAAUAAUCUAUGUUACACAAGCAGUAAAUUCAUAUCUCAAUUAAUGGAGCAGAUUUGUAACAGUAAAGGCAGACAAUUGGAUAUGUGGGUAGCGGAAUUGUUCGAUUUAACCGGAGAUGGUUUUGUGAAUCACUUUGAGCGGAACAUAUAUGAUUUAUGAUUAUGGAUUACUAAAAACUGGAAUGGAUUCUCUGCUUCAGAUAAAAGCCAGGCAGCAUUAUCACGUUUUUGAAACGCGACUAAGUAUUCAAAAACAAAGUCCAUUUGUCAACGUAAUUGACAUCUUAUAUAAAUAUUUCAUGCUGAGAUUUCUA